GACUAUCAAUGGUAUUUAAUACCAUUAGGAACAGAGUUUUGCUAAUAAUUAGUAAUUUUUUAUAAUAAUUAUCAAAUUAAAAGAGUAUUGUCUGUAGUCAUAGGCAUAGUUUAGUGGUUCCACAUUUUUUCUCCGAAGGAGAUGUCCCAAGUUCAAUUUUCCCUCCUCCAAUAUAAAAAAAAGAAAUAGUAUUAUUAUAAGGUAAUAGCGGUGUUUAUGUGGCACCUUAUGAUUGAUUAACGAUAUUUUAUAAAAAUUAAUAUAUUAAAUUUUAUAAAAUUUAAUACUUAAUUAUACUAAUAAAAAGCACGUGCUUAGCAUUCUUUUCAGUAUCAUAUCGCUAUUAGUAUAAUUAAAUAUUGAGUCUCAUAUAAUUUAAAAAAUAAUUUUUUAGAGAAUAUCAUUAAUAGUAAAACAUAUUUCAAUAGCAAUGUUCAUAUGUAUAAAUUUUUUAAAAAUUAAGGGGAGGGUUACAGGUAGUAAGGAUGAAAAAGCAUGUGAUUGGGAGACCAAACUUAAGAGCGUGUCCAUAAAUGCACUUUCAACCAUGCAAUUUAAUGCAAACUAAGCUACACUCACAAUGUCAUAUCUCUAAAGUACACAACAAAAUACUCAAAACAUCUCAUUACAUAUCAAAUCACAACAACAUCAAAGAACAUUCAUCAAUUUCUUCGUGUGUUAAAGACUUAGCCAAGAUAUCUCGUGAAGUUCAAAACUUAGAAACAUAAUAAAACAAGCUCUCUUUUUUAGCUCCUCAAACCUUAAGCUCUUGUCUUUCUCUCUCUCUCUUUCAACAAAGGAUCCUCGUGAUUUAGAGCUCUUAUAUUUCACGAGUUUCAUACUCAAAGUUCAGAAAAUUCCCAGCUCUUCAAUUCUCUUCUUCUUCUUCAAAUACCCCCCAACAUUUCUUCUACCAAACCAUGCUGAUUCAUCAAACUCAAACUCAAACUCAACUCACCAACCAUGAAAUCCAAACCCCAUUUCUUAUUUUCCAUCAUUUUCUUUUCUUUGGUUUCUCACCAGGUAGCAAACACUACUACUCUCCAAACAUACAUUGUUCAGCUUCACUCACAAGGCAUGGCAAGCUCUCUUUUCACUACUAAGCUCAAUUGGCACAUUUCAUUUCUUGAACAAUCCAUUUCCUCUGAUGAUGAUGAAGAACAAGAACAACACCCUUCUUCGCGUCUUGUUUACUCUUACAAUUCAGCAUUGGAAGGUUUUGCUGCUCGGUUAUCAGAAUCCGAGCUAGAAAAGCUGCAAAAGUUGCCUAGUGUGGUAGCAAUAAGGCCUGACCAAAGACUACAACUUCAAACUACUUAUUCUCACAAGUUCUUGGGAUUAAGUCCAAUAAAAGAAAAUGCUUGGUAUAACAAAGCAAGGUUUGGAAUCGGAACCAUAAUUGGUGUGCUUGACACUGGUGUUUGGCCUGAGAGUCCUAGCUUCAAUGACUAUGGUAUGCCUCAGGUUCCAAAAAAAUGGAAAGGGGUGUGUCAACAAGGCGAAAACUUUAACACCUCAAGUUGUAAUAGGAAGCUCAUUGGCGCGAGAUUCUUCAUAAGAGGCCAUAAAGUGGCUUCAAGUUCAACAUCAGCCUCAGUACCAGAGAGUGUUAUGGAGUAUGUUUCGCCAAGAGACUCACAUGGACAUGGCAGCCACACUACUUCCACUGCUGGUGGAGCUUCGGUUGCUAUGGCUAAUGUGUUAGGGAAUGGAGCUGGAGUGGCGCGAGGAAUUGCUCCUUAUUCUCAUGUUGCAGCCUAUAAAGUUUGUUGGUACAAUGGUUGUUACAGCUCUGAUAUCCUUGCUGCUAUGGAUGCUGCAAUUUCAGAUGGAGUUGAUGUUCUGUCACUCUCUCUAGGCGGUUUUCCCAUACCCCUUUUCGCAGAUAGCAUUGCCAUUGGAAGUUUUCGAGCAAUGGAACAUGGAAUCACUGUUGUGUGCGCGGCUGGAAACAAUGGCCCUAUUGAGAGCUCGGUAGCUAAUGAAGCGCCUUGGGUUGCUACCAUUGGAGCAAGCACAAUGGACAGGAAAUUCCCUGCUGUAGUUCAAAUGGGAAAUGGCCAAACUCUCUAUGGAGAAUCUCUUUAUCCAGGGAACAGAAUUUCGGGCUCUCAGAAAAAGCUAGAGAUAGUUUAUGUCAACGAGGAGCAAGGGAGUCGGUUUUGCCUUAAAGGGUCUCUUCCAAAGGCUCAAGUGAGUGGCAAAAUGGUGGUUUGUGAUAGAGGAGUUAAUGGGAGAUCAGAGAAAGGUCAAGCUGUGUUGGAAGCUGGUGGAUUAGCUAUGAUUUUGACAAAUACUGAGCUGAAUUUGGAAGAAGAUUCGGUUGAUGUCCAUGUUUUGCCUGCAACUUUAGUUGGUUUUGAUGAAUCAAUAGUCUUGAAAACUUACAUAAACUCAACAAGAAGACCAAUGGGAAGAAUCAAGUUUGGUGGAACUAUUAUUGGCAAAUCAGAAGCACCUGGUGUAGCUCAGUUUUCGGGUAGAGGACCGAGUUUUUCUAACCCUUCAAUCCUCAAACCAGAUGUUAUAGCACCCGGGGUCAAUAUCAUUGCUGCUUGGCCUCAGAACUUAGGCCCCAGUGGCCUCCCUGAAGAUUCCAGGAGAGUUAACUUCACUGUCAUGUCUGGGACAUCAAUGGCUUGCCCUCAUGUAAGUGGCAUUGCUGCUCUUAUCCGUUCUGCUCACCCAAAAUGGAGCCCUGCAGCUGUUAAAUCCGCGAUUAUGACAACUGCUGAUGUAACUGACCAUUCAGGAAAACCAAUAAUGGAUUGGGACAAACCUGCUGGAGUUUUUGCUGUUGGCGCUGGACAUGUUAACCCGAUAAAAGCUCUUGAUCCCGGGUUGGUUUAUGACACCAAACCAGAUGAGUAUGUCACUCAUCUUUGCACACUUGGCUACACAACAUCAGAAGUGUUCUCAGUUACUCACAAGAAUGUAAGCUGUCAUCAAAUUCUGAUGAUGAACAAAGGUUUCAGCCUUAAUUACCCUUCCAUUUCGGUUAUUUUCAAGCAUGGAAUGAGGAGUAAGAUGAUCAAGAGGAGAGUAACAAAUGUGGGGAGUCCUAAUUCCAUUUACUCACUGGAAAUAGAAGCACCACAGGGUGUUAAAGUUAUUGUCAAGCCUAAGAGGUUAAGAUUUAGACACAAAAAUCAGGUUUUGAACUAUAAGGUAUGGUUCAUAUCAAGAAAGAGAGGUGAUAAAGACAGUGUGAGCUAUGCACAAGGGCAUUUGACAUGGGUGAAUAAUGCUCAUAGAGUUAGAAGCCCCAUAUCAGUGACAUGGAAGAAACAAAAUGACCAUAAUGAGUGAAUGUUUAUCUGUUAUUGAUUUAGAAAAAUCCUGAGAUUUGUUUGUUGACUCGGAGGAUUUGUUAUCUUCAAUAUUUGAGGAUGGAAUUUACCAUCAAGAUUUUAAGAAUAUUAGCUAUGAGUACAAGUCUUCUUCAUUAAAUCAUUAUAAACAUUUUCCUUGCUUCA